GGAAGACGCCGGGCAGUAAAUGGCGCUGCAGGCGGGAAGGUUGAGUGGCUGGUACGCCGAGCCUCCGGGGAGAUGUGUAGUGACUUCCAUAGGGCUGAAUCUGGGACGGAGCUCCUUGCCCGACUGGAAGGUAGAAGUUCCUUGAAAGAAAUAGAACCACAUCUGUUUGCUGAUGAAGAGUCACCUGUGCAUGGUGAUAUUCUUGAAUUUCAUGGUCCAGAAGGAACAGGAAAGACAGAAAUGCUUUAUCAUUUAACAGCACAAUGUAUACUUCCAAAAUCAGAAGGUGGACUGGAAGUAGAAGUCGUGUUUAUUGAUACAGAUUACCACUUUGACAUGCUCCGGCUUGUUACAGUCCUUGAGCAUAGACUAUCUCAAAGCUCUGAAGAAAUACUAAAACGCUGCCUUGGGCGACUGUUUUUGGUGUACUGCAGUAGUAGCACCCAGUUACUCCUCACCCUGUGCUCGCUGGAAACCAUGCUCUGUAGUCAUCCCUCUGUCUGCCUUUUGAUUUUGGAUAGCCUGUCAGCUUUUUAUUGGAUAGACCGCAUCAACGGAGGAGAAAGUGUUAACUUACAGGAGUCUACUCUGAAGAAGUGUUCUCAACUCUUAGAGAAGCUUGUAAAUGAGUAUCGGUUGGUUCUCUUUGCAACAACACAAAGUAUAAUGCAGAAAGCCUCACACCUGGAGGAAGGGCCUUCCUGUGCCUUUAAUCGCCUGAGUGAUGUGGAUGUAGACUAUAGACCCUAUCGCUGUAAGGCCUGGCAGCAGGUGGUGAAGCACAGAAUACUUUUCUCCAAACAAAAUGAUUUUAAAGCCGGCAACCAGUUUUCUUUAGUUUCACGUCAUUUAAAAAGUAACAAUUAA